AUGGCUCCCUUUGCUGAACCAGUAGCGGAGAUUUCUCACCUCGCCAAGUCCGACGGCUCUGCAACAUUCUCAUAUGGAGGAUAUGCCGUGAUAGCCGCAGUCAACGGCCCCGUCGAGGCCCAGAGACGAGACGAGAAUGCCUUUGAGGCUCUAGUGGACGUCAUUGUCCGUCCCGCCGCUGGCGUGGGAGGUACCCGUGAGAGACAGCUUGAAUCAAUCAUGCAGGCCGCGUUGAGGCAAAUCAUCCCUGUGAGAGACUAUCCUCGAUGUGUGAUCCAGAUCACUCUUCAGGUGGCCGAGACACCUGAAAACGCCUACGUCAAUGCAAAGGUCGUUCAGGCGCAAUUGAAUCUCCCCAUCAUUCCUGCGCUUCUUCACUCAGCUAUCCUAGGACUUCUCAGCGCCGCCAUUCCUCUAAAGACUAUCGGCGCAGCAACUCUGAUUGCUGUCCCUGAGGGGGAGGGGGAGGACAUCAUCGUCGAUCCAAGCGCUGUGGAUAUCGACCAUGCCAAGUCAGUUCACGCUCUGGCAUUCACGUCUCACGACGAGCUACUCUUGUCGGAGAGUGAGGGUGCUUUCACACCUGAUGAGUGGACUAAGGUUCUUCAACUCGGACAGCGCGUAUGCUGUGAGCAUCAGCAACCUGGGUUAGAUACAGCAAUGUCCGGCGACGACAUCGAGUCACCAAGCAUGAGACAGUUCAUCCGCUCUGCCAUGGGAGCCAAAGUGGCGGAAGAUCUCUACUGGAAAUGA